AUGCCGGGCGCGAGCCGUGGCUCCGUGAUUCGGCAGUACACGGAGUGGCUCAUGGCGCCAGAGAGGGCGGAGAUGAGGGCGGAGGCGCGGCGCGAUUUGCGAGGCAAGACGCUGGGUUGCUUCUGCGUGCCGCUCAGCUGCCACGGCCACGUGCUCGCGCGGGUCGCCAACUCUCACAACGACGAGGAGCUGCUCUGCCAGCUGGUUAGAGAGGAGUGA